AUGGAUUCUCAAAUAUUUUCGACAUUGUGGACACCGUUACGUGCCAGUACGAUUGACAUUCCAGAAAAUGCUCAUUGGCAACAAAAAGGUAUCACUGUUGCUGGAGGAAAUCGAUCAGGCAGGGCACUGAAUCAACUCUAUCACCCAAAUGGUUUAUUUGUGGACGAUGAACAGACUGUGUAUGUUGCUGAUCGCUUGAAUAAUCGCAUAGUACAAUGGAAAGCGAAUGCAGCGACUGGUGAAAUUGUUGCUGGUGAAACUGGACUAUCGAAUAGAGUUAGUCAAAUAGGUUUUCCAACAGAUGUGAUUGUCGACAAAGAGACUGACAGUCUCAUCAUUUGCGAUCGUUCGAAUAGAAGAAUGGUUCUAUGGCCUUGUCAAAAUGAUGCAUGCGCAACAACGAUUAUAUCGAAUAUAGCUUGUCGAGGUUGGACCAUGGACGAGAAUAGAUCUCUCUAUGUUAGUGACAACGAAAAACAUGAAGUGAGACGAUACCGAAUAGGAGAAUCUCAAGGAACAGUCGUUGCAGGUGGGAAUGGAGAAGGGAAUCGUCUCGAUCAACUGAAAGAGCCACGGUACGUAUUCGUCGAUCGAAAUCAUACAGCAUACGUGUCUGACUGUUACAAUCAUCGUGUAAUGAAAUGGACAGAAGGUGCACGAGAAGGCAUUGUCGUCGCUGGUCGUGAAGGACAAGGACGUGGUCUUCAACAAUUGUCAUAUCCUCGCGGAGUCGUUGUCGAUCAGUCGGGCACCGUCUAUGUGUCUGACGGUGGGAAUCAUCGAAUCAUGCGUUGGCCUAAAGGAGCCACAGAAGGAACUGCUAUUAUUGAUGGUCAAGAAGCAUCAGUGGGUGGACCCGUUGGUUUAUCCUUCGAUCGUCAUGGCAAUCUCUAUGCAGCCGAGUUCUACCGUCAUCGUGUGCAACGUUUUGAUUUAAUUCAAUAA